ACUUCGCCGCUUUCUCGUCCUCAAAAGAGAGAGAAUCUAAAUCGUGUCUGUGCAAAAAACACUUCAUACACGUAUCCCCUAAUUUUCCUCCCUCUCUCUCUCUCUCUCUCUCUCUCUCUCUAAGGGCUUUUCUCUCUCUCUCUCUCUAAAACAUGGCGGACGGUUAUUGGAGGUACGGCGAGGCACGGCAGGCGCAGUCGCAGGCGAUGCCUCAGAUGGUCGGAAAACGCUCUCGCUCCGAUUACGAUGUCCACAGUGGUCAUGACCUGCCCAGUUAUUUUCCUCGUGAUGAUGAUAGAGGGACACUUCGUGGAAUGAGGGAUACUGACUCCAUUGGAGCAUCCUAUGACCGUUACCUUCGCAGUGCGCAAGUUUCAUCUUAUGGUGGGGGGCAGUCUGCUAGAGCCAUGAGUGGAGGAAUGUCAGGUCGUGCUGUUGAUGAUCCACGUAUUGUGGGUCUUGGGAGUGUGGACCCAGGUUCAACUGUGAAAGACAGAACCUUGGGAUAUGGAAGUGGAAGGUCUGAGGUUCCCCUUCCUCCUGAUGCUUCCAGUACACUGUUUGUGGAGGGCUUACCUCCAAACUGUACACGACGGGAAGUGGCUCAUAUCUUUCGCCCUUUUGUUGGCUACAAAGAAGUAAGACUUGUGAGCAAGGAAUCGCGACAUCCUGGGGGAGAGCCACUGGUACUUUGUUUUGUUGACUUCGUAAGUCCAGCCCAUGCAGCCACUGCCAUGGAUGCAUUGCAAGGUUAUAAAUUUGAUGAGCAUGACCGUGACUCGGUCAAUUUAAGGUUGCAAUUUGCUCGCUAUCCUGGUGCAAGGUCAGGUGGCGGGCAUCGUGGCAAGCGUUGAAAUAAGCGGUUUUGCAGGAUUCGCUCGAUUUGGAGAGGUUAUGAUAAUGAGGAGUGAUACAACAGCGUUGCGGUUUCGUGAUUUACAAGCGCUUUCGUUAGGAACGACUUGAACCAUGUGGUUUUCGUUAAUUCCAGUGCCAUUGCUAGAGAUUUGGAGUGUGCUUUUCGUUUAGAAUGCUGUGAACUAUUUUUGCGUUUAAUUACUUCGGACUGUUUCGAUAUACGUUUGACUAAAUACUAUUAUCUUUAUCCGUAGUUGGAGAUGGUGUAAACUUCUGAUUGUCCUGCCUUUUGGGCUUAAUCUUGUGUUUCUAAGUAUAUUUAUAGCAAGUGAGGUGAUAUUCGAAGUA